AUGUCCUCGGUUUUGCUUAGCAGCGCUGAUGGUGAAAUAAAUGCUGCACAUGUUGGUGUACAGUCGAACAGCAGUAAAUACCGAGCAUACGUUGCUGCAGUAGAUAAAGCACUCAAAGCUUUUGAAACUAGCAAUGAAUGGGCAGAUUUAAUAUCUGCUUUGACGAAACUUAGCAGAGUUUUUCACUCAAAUGCAAAAUUCCAUUUUGAUAUUCCUAAACCAGUUAUAGUAGCGAAACGCUUAUCUCAGUGCCUGCAUCCAGCAUUACCUCAUGGGGUUCAUUUAAAAGCCCUAGAAACUUACCGUCAACUGUUUGAUAUUUUGGGGCCAACGUCUCUUCCUCGUCUGCUUUAUCUUUUUGCUGUUGGCCUGUUUCCACUAAUGGAUUUCUGUGGUAUUAAGGUGAAAUCCGAACUGUUAAGUAUAUUUGAGCAAUAUUUAUUGCCCCUGGCGAGCCGAAUAAAACCUGCACUCCCAGGUUUUAUUACUGCAGUUCUGCUUGGAUUGGAAGAAGGAACAGAAUUUUACAAUAGGUCGCUGAAAUUGCUGCAGAACAUAAAGAGUGCUGUUGGUGCAGAGGCUUUUUUUAGCUGCCUGUGGGAGGCAGCUUUGGGGUCUCCUUCCGUCAGGCUACCAGCCCUAAUUUUCGUUAACACUUGUUUUGACAGGAGAAAAUCAAUGGAAGACCAGUUGUUUAUUAUGGGUUAUCAUGUUGAUCAUAUGAUCGUAGCCUUAUGCGCUAUCGCUGAAGAUACUGGUUCAACUUUAGUCCAAAGACAUCUGCUGGAUUUUCUUUCAGCUGCUUUUCCUUUAAAUUCUGACCACUUGGUCAGGGAGGAUUUUGUUCAGCUUUUGCGACGUUGCAUUUUUGUUCUACUACGUAAGGAUAUGAGUUUAAACAGGCGCUUACACCACUGGCUUUUAAAUCGGUCCGGCGAUUCCUCUGCAGGAACUCAGCCUUUUGGGACAGAUGAAUCUGUUGACACAACUUUUUUCAAAACCUACUCCUUGACGAUAAUAAAGAAAGCUAUUCAAGAUUACUUAAAACUGGAUACUGUAGAAGUUCGUGAAGGGAAGGAUUCUCAAGAUGAAGUCAAGGAGCACCAGGUACAAUUCACGGAAGUGCGAGUUUGUCGUUUGCUACUAUAUUUUUUAGAUCGGCCUGAACUUGGUUACUUGAUAUUAGAAAGUUCUUUGUGCGCAGUUUUAAACGAAGCAUCUAAAUAUAAAUUAGCUUUGGAACAGUCCGGAAAUCAAAAUAAGGAUAUUGCAAGGCGUGUUGAAACAUUCAGUAAGACCUUCAAUCUCUUGCUAAAUUCUCUGGAUACAAACUACCUUUGGAACCACUUGGGAAAUCGAUAUGAAGUGCUCAUGGACAGCGACGUAGAAGAUCAUGAAGAAAAAAUUAGCAACUGCCUAGACCCUGACUUAGUAACUGAUGAGUCUUGGAAUUUAAGGGAGGAGUUGAAACAGCAACAUGUUGCAGAAUUGGACAGUUUUCCUAGGGUUUUGGAUUUUUGCUUGAAGACUGUCGAAUUAGCUGCACACAGUGAUAUUCGGCGUAUACACUUACCGGCCCUUUGUACUAAGAUUUUAUCUUUGCUAAUUCGAAAAGAUCUUAGUCAUAUCGACUGCAAAUUUCUAAAGCAGUUGCUUUCUGCUGUCGAAACGAUGAUCUUUGAAGUUUGGCAGCACGCGGCUACUUUAGAUGAAGGAUAUUGCACAGCAUUGGUAAGUUGCUUUGAAACCUGUCAGCGGUUUCUCAGUCAAAUAUGUGAUUGGUUUCGCGAAGAACGGAGUGAAGAAAGGUACGAAAUAUUAUGUGAGGCGUGUAAUUUAUUGAAGCGCUGUGCAGAUUUCCCUCCCUCGAGUUUCGGAUGCUUUCGAAAAAACGGUCGUCAAAAUACUUUUGAAUGUGCUCAUGGAGGAAAACUGCCAGAGUGGGCUUUAGCACUUUGUCGACUUAUAUCUUUCUGUGCUACAAAAUUUUAUGAAAGAAAUAAACGAAAGAAAUUCAGAAAAAUAUUUUCAAAUUUAAAGGAGGCAGCAAAAUUUGCUUGGUGUGUAUUGGGAAUAGAAAGAGCCGCAAACUGCCAUUAUGCUGCUGCACAAGUUUUAACUUUAUUGCAUGCGAGGAGAGCGAAUGAGGCAAGUAGCGAAGUGGAAGAGUUGAUAUUACGUGAUUUGACUAGUAGCAAAAAGGCGACGAAUGUUGAGGAGGCUAAAAAAUUCUGCAGACUGUGGGAAUUGAGCAGGUCGAAUCUCGAUGAUAAGCUUCCUCAAAGACUUCCUGCAAAACCAUUUAACAGAGUCAUCAUGGUUUUUUUGGGAAUCUUGGCCAGCGAGAACACUAAUUACGAAAAUACAGAACUGCGAAACGUUGCGUCUAGCUGGUUUGCAGAAAUAGCAAAGCGAAACGAUCUUCCUGAAAUACUACAGAUGUUAUGUUCUAUGCUACUUAAUCCAGCUACAGCUCGAACAUCGAUCCAGUAUCUUUCUAUGCGCAACAGGUUGAAUAGAGACCAGGUUCUGAACGUUCCUCCUGGUAUUUGUGCUAUCACCUUACUCAGCGAUGAUGGUAGACAUUUUCUGCACCACUUGUGUGAGGACGUUUCAAGCCCGUUAGCAAAUCCUGGUCGGCGUUCUUAUGAGGCACUAGUAUUGUUGCGACAGGCUCGAUACAAUUCAAGCUCUUUAACCUGGUUAAAUGAAAUUAGAACUCGACUUCUGCAAAUUGGUGAUUUCGAUGCUUCAGUCAAUAUUGGUGUUGAGUCACCUACUGUGAAGUCACAUCGUAGGGUCAUUUCUGAUAUGCCUGUCUUUGAUGGAGACAAUGACUCUUUGGUUUCUGUUGAAUCGCUGGAGUCAGCCGUAGUCGAAACUGUCCAUUAUUUACUUGACUGUGUUUGCGAGAUGAAGAAUGAUGCAGAAGAAGAAAAGAAAACAGAGUCUACGGUUAUCCCCAUUGAACGAGAUGGAAUCAGUGACAUGGAAGCUGCAGAUAUAACGGGCGGAACAGAUAAAACCUACCAAGCAGUAAAAUCAGUUAGUGAUCGACGUGAUGUGGAGUUUACGUUAGAACUCUCUUCUGAAUCUGUUACUUCUGAUAAUUUUAAGCGGAGCAAAGGACAUCGGAGACAGGACUCUUUACAAGAGACUAUCUUUACGAUGACUGCUCAAGAACUCAAGUUAUGUGAUUCAGCUGAGAUGCCUCGACUGAAUGCAGCAGGCGAUGAUAAGCAACCAUUGUGGCAUGAACUGCAUGCCCACAUGUUGCUUUAUGCGGAAAGCGGUCAUGCUGUUGAUUUAGCAAGAGCUGAGAAAGUUUUGCGCAUGUUAAUCGCUUUGAUGCGCUUACAGGGCGCAUGCGUACCCUCGCGUUUAAUCGCAAAUGACUAUCAAGUUUCCAGUGCUAUGGUAUCUUUUGAGCCAAGAAGCCUUCAAAAUCCCCCAAACUGCGCUGGCAGUAACCCGCUGGUAGAUUUGUUGUACCGCCAUAUGCGUUCUAUUGUUGGGCAAGAUUUUUGGGUGGGGAGUGAGACUGACCUUUGCGAAUCUACUGUUGAAGCAUCGAAGAAUCGUCAUUAUGCAUUUCUUGAACUCUUUGUUACUGUGGCACUGUACUAUUUGCGGUCUUAUUACCUUAAUUCUCCUGUCUCCCCGGUUACAGAUUUUGACCUGAAGAUAUCAUGGAAAUGCAAAAUAGCGGCCCUAGACUUACUGACUGAGGUAUUACGGCAAUUGAUUGAUAUAGUUCAAGAAAGGCAGAGCUGGAAGUUAGUCAGUGAUGUACAUGGGAUCUUGCAACGUACGAAACUCCAAAAAUGUGUUUUACUAUUGUUGCUUACUUCAGUUUAUAAUGUGCGAGCUGACAUCGUGCAAACGUAA